UAGUAUUUGAUGGUACUCAACGAUGAAGAAGUCAACGUAAACCUGACGAUAUUCCAUUGAAACCAAAGUAAUGAAAUAUUUCAUUUAAAAAUAAUUUAAUACUUUAGAGAAGAUAUUAUUGCAAAGAAAAUGAGAGGUUGUAGUGCCGUAUUUCUACUUCUUCAUGCUUGUACACAUCCAUAUUUACUUGAUGCACCACAAGAUGCAAAUGCAGAAUUAAUUAUUAAUGAAGAAUUAAUAACAAAUAGCGGACAAUUUAUUUUAUUAGAUAAAAUGCUUGUAAAAUUAAGUAAAAAAAAUUAUAAAGUUUUGAUCUUUUCAAUAUUGAUGACUUUUCUUGACGUACUUGAAGCAAUGUGUGAACAUCAAAAUUAUGAUUAUAUAAUAUUUGAUGGUAAUAAAAAUUUUGAAGAAAGAAUUGAUGCUAAUCCAAUGCUUGAUAUGCAAGCACAAGAUCGUGCUUAUUGUAUAGGACAAACAAAACUAGUUGUUGUUUAUCGAUUUAUUAUUCGAAAUACAAUUGAUGAACAUGUAUCUCGAGAAGAAAGCAUCCGUUUUGACUAG